UCUAUAUAACACCCAUUCCCCACACGAAAUAGCCACAGUAGCAACCAUGGUUUCUACUUCCAUACUCCCCAAGUCUGCAGACAUAGCCAAUGAGUUGAAGGGGGCGACUCCUCGUGCUGCAAAAUGGUGGUUUGCAACCUUCCACAGCGUCACUGCCAUGGUUGGCGCAGGCGUGCUGAGCCUACCCUACGCCAUGGCUCACUUAGGAUGGGGACCAGGGUCAGUAGCACUGAUACUGUCCUGGUCCAUCACUCUUUACACCAUAUGGCUGAUGAUCGAGCUGCACGAGUGCAUCCCAGGGAGGCGGUUCGACCGGUACAGGGACCUCGGACAGCAUGCCUUUGGGCCUAGGCUGGGGCUGUGGGUGGUUAUACCACAGCAACUUAUAGUUCAGGUCGGGUGCGAUGUGGUUUAUAUGGUGACCGGAGGAAAGUGCCUGCAGCAGUUCUUUGAGAUUCUACUUCCACACUGGAAUAAGCUCAGGCAGUCAUAUUGGAUCUGUAUAUUUGCAUCAUUUCAGUUCUUUCUGUCGCAGUUUCCUGAUCUUAAUUCCAUAGCCGGAGUGUCCCUGGCUGCGGCUAUUAUGUCUUUGAGUUACUGCACCAUAUCCUGGGUGGCCUGCCUCAGCCGAGGUCCAGUCCGAGACGUGAGCUACAGUUACCAGCAAUCAUCUCCAUCAAACUCCACGUUCAGGGUCUUCAGCGCUCUCGGCCAAGUAGCCUUCGCCUAUGCAGGCCACGGUGUCAUCCUCGAGAUCCAGGCCACUAUUCCUUCAUCAGCAUCGAAACCAUCGAAAGUUCCCAUGUGGAAAGGGACGGUGAUCGCGUACUUCAUCACUGCCUUUUGUUACUUCCCGGUGGCGCUGAUCGGGUACUGGACAUUUGGUAGAGAUGUGGAUGAUAAUGUGCUCGUGUCGCUAAAGCAACCGCAGUGGCUUAUUGCUGCCGCUAAUCUUAUGGUCGUCGUCCAUGUUAUUGGAAGCUACCAAGUUUAUGCAAUGCCAGUAUUUGACACUAUUGAGACGAUAUUGAUAACAAGACUAAAAGCUUCUCGUGGAAUUGCUCUGCGUUUAGUAGCCCGAUCUGCUUAUGUCGCUAUGACCCUAUUUGUCGGCGUUACAUUUCCUUUCUUCGCGGAUCUUUUGGGUUUCUUUGGAGGCUUUGGAUUCACACCAACUUCCUACUUUCUCCCUUGCGUGAUAUGGUUGGCAAUCAAACAACCAAAGAGGUUCUCUCCAUCAUGGAUUAUUAAUUGGGGGCUCGUUAUUCUCGGCGUACUGGUGAUGUUGGCUUCAACUAUCGGCGGAUUAAGGAAUAUUAUAAAGGAUUCUUCUACUUUUAGUUUUUAUUCUUAGGUCAUAUGUACCAAUAUAUAGAUAUUCUAUUAUACUGGAAAAAUGGCAUUAAUGGUUUUUUAUAAGAAACCAAAUAUUCAACUUGCUUUGUU